AUGUAUAUCAAUAAUUUAGAAGAGAGUUCUUAAUAUAUAUAAUUAAAUUAAUUAAUUAGCAAUGGCUACUCUGAUUUGCCCUGAAGAGCAUUCUCCUGUUACUGAUGCAGAGGCUAUUAGGAAGGCCUGUAAAGGAUGGGGGACGGAUGAGAAGGCGUUAAUAUCGAUACUCGGGCAUAGAAAUGCAAGUCAGAGGAAGAUAAUAAGGAAAACAUAUGAGGAGAUGUAUAAUGAAGAUCUGAUGAAGCGUCUUGAAUCUGAGUUAUCUGGACACUUUGAGAAAGCAGUGUACAGAUGGAUGCUUGAUCCACAAGAGAGGGAUGCAGUUAUAUUGCACGUUGCGAUAAAAGAAAAAUCAAUCUUAGAUUACACAUCUAUCAUCGAGUUGUCAUGUAUAUAUUCUCCUCAUGACUUUUUGUCUGUUAAGUGUACCUAUCAAGCUCGCUACAAACGCUCCCUCGAGGAAGACUUAGCUCAACAUUGCAGCGGUGAACUUCGCAAGCUUUUGCUUUCUGUAGUUGGCACAUAUAGAUAUGCAGGCGAUGAAAUCGAUGUAAAGCUAGCAAAAUCUGAGGCGGACGUUAUUUACAAUGCGAUAAAAAGCAAGGAGUUUAAUCAUGAAGAAAUUGUUAGAAUUAUUACCACAAGGAGCAAGACUCAACUCAGAGCAACUCUAAACCGUUACAAGGAUGAUUAUGCCUCUUCACUCACCAAGUACUUGAGGGACGAUGGAGAAAAGACAGCUAAUGCUUUCUUAGGAGCAUUGAGAACGAUAAUCCGAUGCAUUACUUAUGACCCUCAGGCAUACUAUGAAAAGGUAAUUCGACGUGCCCUAAUGAAGUCAGGGACAGAUGAGGUGUCUGUGACAAGGGUAAUAGUGAGCAGGGCAGAGAAUGACUUGGGAGUGAUCAAAGAGCUUUACUACAAGAGGAACAGUGUGAGUCUUGAUCAUGCUAUCUCGAAGCACACUUCUGGGGAUUACAUGAAUUUCCUUCUCACUCUCUUAGGAAACCAAAAGUAAAUCGAUCGAUAUGGCCAACGAGCUGAGGUGUGUGUGAGAGUGUCUCUUGAAUAAAAAAAAACGUUUAUCGUUGAGGUGUGUCUCAGAUAUUGUGUGAAUUCUACUCGUUCCCAACCAUUUGUGUGUAGUCUAAUUCUCUUUCAACAUUCAUGUUACUUAACUAUAUUGCAAUUUUAAUUGGAAAUUAUCUAAGUUAUUGUCCA